UAUUUCUUCUCUGCUGGCCUUUCCUGUUCUCUGUCUCCUCACUUCCCUCCGUGGCCCUGCUCUGAACUGGCGGUUUUUCCCAGCUCCUUGCCCAGGCCAGUCCUUCCAUGCUGUCUUCAAGCCCUGCUUCCUGCACAUCUCCCAGCCCAGACGGGGAGAACCCAUGUAAGAAGGUCCACUGGGCUUCUGGGAGGAGGAGGACAUCAUCCACAGACUCAGAGUCCAAGUCCCACCCGGACUCCUCCAAGAUACCCAGGUCCCGGAGACCCAGCCGCCUGACAGUGAAAUAUGACCGGGGCCAGCUCCAGCGCUGGCUGGAGAUGGAGCAAUGGGUGGAUGCUCAGGUUCAGGAACUCUUCCAGGAUCAAGCAACCCCUUCUGAGCCUGAGAUUGACCUGGAGGCUCUCAUGGAUCUAUCCACAGAGGAGCAGAAGACUCAGCUGGAGGCCAUUCUUGGGAACUGCCCUCGCCCCACAGAGGCUUUUAUCUCUGAGCUGCUCAGUCAACUCAAGAAACUCCGGAGACUCAGCCGGCCUCAGAAAUAAGCCUGAAAGACCAUCUUUAGCAGCCUCAGCGCUGCCAGGCCUGCCCUGAAACUCCAGAUCCUGGCUAAGAGAGAAAUAGCUCCUUGGGACACAAACAAGAAAUGUGAACAAGGAGGGACAUUUGCAUACUCCUACUGGCUGUGCGGUCACAACUAGUUUCUGUCAGCUGGGCUCUCUGGGAGAGAGCUGGCUGCUGUCUAAUGCCUUUCUUGGCAGCCAAGUGGAUAAAACCUUUAGGAGCCCCA